UUUGAAGACAGUGUGUGACUCUCCCGUGAGUUAAGAGCACCAGCUGAGUCAGAGAGACCCGAGUGGCAAGCCCAGCGUCGCUCCUGCUCAGCUGUGGGAGCCAAGAUUUUCUUACGGCUUGGGCUUCAGCAGGAGCCCUGAUAUAAUUCCUUUGGAGGCUCCCUGCACAUGAUCCUCUGACCAUGGCAGAUAUGUCAAUACCCUUACAUUCACUGCGAUUCAACAAUACGCUGAGGGAGGAAAAUGACCCCCAAGACAGGGAGACGGCCUUCUCUGGACCACCAGGAGAGACCAGAGCAGAGGUCCAAAUUCUGCAUUCUUGCUUACAGCCUAUGGCCUCCACGUCAGCGUCAGACCCUGGAGGGAUGUCCACACAGCUGAUGACAUCCCCAGGCUUUGACACCACGGUCGCGCCUCUAAUGGGAGCAACAAGCUCUGGAGCCCUGUCUUCACCGCUAAUGCCAGCCUCAGACUCUGGGGCACUGUCCCCAUUGCUUAUGGCGGCUUCAGAUUCGGAGGCGCUCUCCCCAUUGCUGAUGUCAGCUUCCGACCCCGGGGCACUGUCCCCAUUGCUAAUGCCAACGUCAGAUUCUGGAACAUUGUCCCCAUUGCUGUCCACUUCAGACUACGGACUAAUGUCCCCAGGGCUGAUGACGAUUCCUGACUUUGGAACAAUGUCCGCAGCACUAAUGGCAACAGCAGACUCUGCAGAGAUAUCACCGUUGGCAACGCCAGCUCCAUCCUCAGAAGCGAUGUCCGCAUCAUUGAUGCUAGCCCCGGAUCCUGGAGAGAUGUCCCCACUCCUGAUGCCAGAUGGAAACCCUGGAGUUGUGUCCACACAGCCAGUGCCAGCUCCCGGCUCUGAAGGAAUGUCGCCAUUGCAAAUUACCGAUGAAGACACCGAAGCAAUGUCCAAAGUGCUAAUGACUGCCCUGGCCUCUGGAGAGAUAUCUUCGCUGCUCAUGUCAGGCACAGACUCUGAGGCGAUCUCCUCACUGAUAAUGUCGGCGCUAACUUCUGGAGAACCAUCCACCCAGCAACCGAGCACCCAAGACUCUGGGGAAAUGUCCACCCAGUUAAUGUCUGGCCCAGACUCCGGGCUGGUAUCUUCACCACUAAUGUCAGCCCCAGGCUCUGGAGCAGUGUCCUCACCACUCCUGUCUGUCCCUGAUGCUGGAGAAAUGUCCACAUUGCCAAAGCCAGCCCCAGAUGCUGAAGCAGUGUCCCCACUGCUAAUGAUGGCUCUAACCUCUGGAGGGAUGCCCACCCAGCUGAUGUCACCGCAAGGCUCUGGAGUGACAUCCUCACGGUUGACACAAAGUCUAGACUCUCAGAUUGUGUCUACUCCACCCAUGAGAGCAACAGCCUCCGGCGGGAUGUCCACCCCGCCAGUGAGAGCCUCAGACCCUGGAGCAAGGUCAAUGCCACGAAUGAGAACCCCAGCCUCUGGAAAUGCAUCUGCGAUUCUCAAGACAGUCCCGGAUUCUGCAGCAUCGUCUACCCCACUGAUGACAGACACAACCGCUGAAGCGAUGCCCUCAGAGCAAAUGUCAACUGCAGCCUCUGGAGCAAUGGCCACACAGUUAACAACGGCUAGAACUUCCGGAGCCACACCCACCGGCUUUAUGAAAGCCCCAGCCAAUGGGGCAAUGUCCACACUGCGAAUGAGAGCCCCAGCCUCUGGAACAACGUCCACACCUCUAAGGAAAGCCCCAGCGUCUGGAGCAAUGGCCACACCACCAAGUGGGGCCCCAGUCUCUGAAACGAUGUCUAUGCUACAAAUGACAGGCCCAGCCUCUGGGUCCAUGUCCACACCGCAAAUGAAAGCGCCUGCCUCCGGAGCAAUGUCCACGUCACAGAGGAGAGCUACAGCCUCGGGAGGGACAGCAGUACCACACAUGAGAGCCUCCUCCUCUGGAGCCAUGGCCACUCCACCAAUGAUAGCCAAAGCCUCGGGAUCCAUGUCCCCACUGUUAAUGAGAGACACAGCCUCGGGAGUGAUGUCCAUGCCACAGAUGAAAGCAAUGGCCUCGGGAGCAUUGUCCAAGCCACUAACAACAUCCAAAGCCUCAGAAGCAAUGUUCAUGCAGCAAAUGACAACCGCAGCUUCUGGAGAGAUCUCCACAAUGCUAAUGAGAGACACAACUUCUGGAGCCAUGGCCCUGCCACAGAUGACAGACACUGCCUCUGCAGGGAUGUCCACACUGCUAAUGAGAGCCCCCGCCUCUGGAGACAUGUCCACACCACAAAUGACAGCCGCAGCCUCUGGAACUAUGUCCGUGCCUCUCAUGAGAGCCCCAGGCCCUGGAGCGAUGCCCGCGGCCCUAAUGAGAUCCACUGCCUCUGGAAAUAUACCCAGUCAGCCAAUGAGCACCCAAGACUCGGAGGGGGUGUGCAUGUCCCUCAGGCGAUCCAUGACCUCUGGGGGGAUGUCCCCACUGCACAUACGAGCCCCAGCCUCCGAAAUGAUGUCCACACCAAAAAUGAGAGCCCCGGUCUUUGGGGCAGUGUCUACACCGCUGCUGAGGGCCUCGGAUCCCAGAGAGAUGUCUACACUGAUCACGAGAGCGCCAUCCUCUGGAGAGAUGGCCCCAGCACUCACGAGAGCCCCGGCCUCUGGAGAGAUGGCCACCCCUCUGAGGGCCCCAACUUAUGGAGCAGUGUCGACUCUGCACAGAACAGCCACCCCCUCUGGAAUGAUGUCCCCGCCGCAAAUGAGGGCUCCAGUCUCUGGAGCAAUGUCCGCCUCGCUAAUGAGAUCCACAGCCUCUGGAGUGAUGUCCGUGCCUCAGAUGACAGCCGUGGCCUCUGGAGGGGCGUCCACGCCACUGAUGAGAGCCCCCACCUCGGGAGCAACAUCCGCAUUGCAAGUGAUGCCCGAAGCUGCUGGAGAGAUGUGCAUGCUCUCGAUGCAAGCCCCUGCCUCGGGAGGGAUGUCCCCGCCGUUAUCAAGGGCUCCAGUCUCUGGGAUUUUGUCUUCACCACGAAGGAGACCCUCAGCCUCCGAAGCUGUGUCUGCAGAGUUAUUGAGAGCUCCAGCCUCUGGGAAGAUGUCCGCCCCACAGACGACAGCCAUGGCCUCUGGAGGGAUGUCCAAGCCCUUCAUGAGGGCCUCAGUCUCUGGACCAGCGCCCAUGCCACUGAUGUCAGCCCCGGCUUCUGCAGAGGUGUCUGUGGCGCUCAUGAAAAGCAUGGCCCCUGGGGCAACGUCCGCACUGCAAACAAGAGUGGUGAGUUCUGGAUCUAUGUCCUUGCCACAAAUGACAUAUGCAACCUCCGGGGGGCUGCCUGCACCGCCAGUGAGAGCCUCAGCUUCCGUAGCAACGUCCACACCCCUUCUGAGAGCCUCGGCUUCUAGUAGGAUGUCCGUGCCGCUUCUGAGAGCCACAGCCCCUGGAGGGAUGUCCACGCCACAAACGGCAGCCACAGCCUCUAGAGGGCUGUCCAGGCCGCUGCUAAUGAGGGCCCCGGCGCUGGGAGCCAUGUCCACACCGCAAAUGGCAGCCACAGCCUCUGGCAUGAUGUCCACUCAGGAACUUAAAGCCACAGACUCCGGGGAAGCAUCUGCCUCUCACGUCAACGUCACGGCCCCUGGACCAAAGUCCACACCGCGCGGCACUGCCACAGCCCCCGAAACAAUGAAGCAACCACCAAAGGAAGUGCCAUCUUUUGGCAUGCUGACCCCUGCGCUCUGUUACCUCUUGGAAGAACAGGAGGCAGCCCGGGGUUCAUGCUCUGUGGAGGAGGAGAUGGAGAUUGACGAGGAGAAGCAAAUGAAGGGAUUUUUGAAUGAUUCCGAGAGAAUGGCCUUUCUGGUGUCUCUUCAUCUGGGGGCAGCUGAGAGGUGGUCCAUUUUGCAGAUGGAGGUAGGAAACCCGCUCUCCGAUGAAAAUAAAUCUUUCCUGAGAAGAUCACAGGGCUUGUAUGACUCCCUAGCUGACAUAGACAUCCUCAGUGCCGUUCUCUGCCAUCCCAAGCAGGGCCAGAAGUCAGUCAGGCAGUAUGCCACUGACUUCCUGCUGCUGGCCCGACAUUUGUCUUGGUCUGAUGCCAUCCUGCGGACCAGGUUUCUGGAAGGACUCUCAGAAGCUGUUGCCACCAAAAUGGGCCGGAUCUUCCUGAAGGUGGCUGGCAGCCUAAAGGAGCUGAUAGACAGGUCUCUCUAUACUGAGUGCCAGCUGGCCGGAGAGAAGGAUUCCCCGGGCAGCUCCAGCCAGGUUCUGCCAUCAGCCUGUAAGCGGAAUAACGAGGAGGCCAUGGAGAAUGAGCUGAACUCUCAGCAGCAGACUGAGGAGCACCAGCAUGUUCCCAAACGCUGUUACUACCUGAAAGAGCAUGGAGACCCUCAAGAGGGUCUGCACGACCACCUUCGACAGAGCAUAGGCCAUCAGAAGGCCAAAACUAACAAGUAACACCCCCUGGAAUCUUCUCCUGUGAUAUCCAACGUGGCUGCUAACUUGACGACUGGUUCUUGGACCCAUUCCAUUCAAUUCCAUCAUUACACCUUGUGGCCUUCCCCCUUCAGCACUGCCUCCAGGCACAUCCCACCCUGUCUCCCACUUGGCUGACUUGACCUUCUCUUUCACCCCACAUGCCUUUGACCUGCCCCAACAAUCAGAGCGUGGACUUCGAGAGUGUUUGGUGUAUGAGGUUCUGAGCUCCCAUUACCACUGAGACCCGUACUGGUUGCUGGUCCAGGGAGAAGUCUAGGCAGGAGAAACUGUGUCCUACCUCAAAAACACCUUAGAGUGUCUUGCCACAUGUCAUCAGGCAAACCUGAGGAAGCCCUGGUCCCAUUCAUCUGGCAGGGGAGCCUCUAAGGAGAGUGAUGCCCACUCCUACACCAUCCUUUGCAUCCAGUAGACUUGUCUCUAUAUGCCCCAACUCAUAGUGCCUAAAAUGGGUCUCCAGUGCCCUUGCCCUGUUUAUAGUCUCCAUCCUGAAUCAUUUGUUCGGACCCAUAGUAAUAAUCGUAGUAAUGGCUAACAUGUAUUGAUUAUGUACUGUGUGACAGGUCGGGGCUAAACUCUUGACAAGCAUCAUCUCACGACAUUCUUACCAUAACCCCACUUGUUCUUGUGUUGUCAACUUCUGAUGUCUUGAGCUAUUGUUUGUGGCCUUGUGUUGUCCCUCAGUGUCAAAUCUCUAGCGCUGACCUCCGGGUGACCUCCUCCAUUGUUAAUUGCCCUCACGCCCCUCCGCUAUUGUGCUUUGUGGCCAGCACUCUUGAUAAAGAUCUUGGUGUUUAAACAGGCAUAGUUAGAACCUAAUGUGAUCAGUGUUUGCCUUCAGGUGGUGGGAUUAUGGGUGUUUUAAUUUUCUUCUUUCUACUUCUCUGGACUUUCCAGAUUCUCGACGGUAAGCAUGUAUUACAUUUGU